AUGGGCUCAGAGAAAUCCGAAAAGACAGGCGUCUCGCCUGCCGGAGCCGAUGACCAGAUCGAGAGGACAAAGACUGAAGAUGGAAUGGACGAAAAAGUCGCAGUAGAGGACCGUGAUUAUGCUGGUGCCGUCACCAAAUUAUCGACUGAGGAGGUCAAGCUGGUUCGCAAGUUGGACUGGCGCAUUAUGCCGACCUUGACAUUCAUGUACUUCCUCAACUACAUUGAUCGAAACACGCUUGCACAGGCCCGUCUUAACAAUCUGGAGGAAGAACUCGGCAUGCACGGCACCCAGUUCAACACUACGAUUUCCAUUUUGUUUGUUGGAUACGUCCUCACGCAAGUCCCGAGUAACAUGCUUAUCACCAGAGUACCCCCGAGUUUAUAUAUGAGUGCUUGGAUGUUAGUGUGGUCAGCGGUUUCGGCUUGCACUGCUUUGGUUCAGUCAUACCCUGGGAUGGUGGUAUGCCGGUUCCUUCUUGGGAUCACGGAAGCUCCUUUCUACCCCGGAGCGACAUAUAUCUUAUCCAUCUUCUAUACCCGAAGAGAAGUUGCCGCUCGAAUCGCCAUGCUAUACGCAGCCCAGAUUCUGGCAACUGGAUUCGCUGGGUUGAUUGCUGCAGGUGUCUUCUCUGGGCUCGACCAAGUCAGGGGGUUGUCAGGAUGGCGAUGGCUUUUUAUCAUCGAAGGUUCCGUCUCGGCUGCCGUCGCUAUUGCUGGCUUCUGGCUUCUACCGAACACGCCUUUGACUACUCGAUGGCUGAAACCUGCUGAGCGAGAACUUGCCCAUGAGAGAAUCCAGAGAGAUAAGAUGGGAGAGCCGGAGAAAGCAUCGACCAUGCAAGGCCUCAAGCAGGCAGUCAGAGACCCGAGAACGUGGAUCUUCUGUUUGAUGCAGAAUUUUCACCUGUCUGCCUGUGGAUUUAAUAGCUUCUUCCCAACUGUGGUCAAGACUCUUGGCUUCAAUACAACAAUCACUUUGGUAUUGACAUGCCCACCCUUCCUUUUCGCCGGAGCAGCGGGUGUUCUCUUUGGGUACACAUCUGGACGUUUCCACGAGCGUACCUGGCAUAUCACCGUGGGCCUUGCAACGGCCAUCGUUGGGUUCGUGAUAGCUGCCUCAACUCUGAACACUGCGGGACGCUAUGUCGCAUGCUUCAUCUUCCCCAUCGGUGCCUAUUCAGUGAACUCGGUCAUCAUUGGUUGGGCUUCAUCAACCCUAUCUCAAACCCGCGAGAAACAAGCUGUUGUCCUUGCCAUGACAAACGUCGGGGGCCAGAUAGGGUACAUAUACGGAGCGUAUGUCUGGCCCAACUACGACUCGCCCAGGUACGGCAUCGGCUUUGGCACCUCUGCUGGCUUUGCUCUCUUCUCGAUCCUCUGUGCCUGGUGGAUGAGAUAUCUCCUGAAAAAGGAGAACAAACAGCUACAGGGGACUGGUACAUCCACCAACCUCAGUGCUGCCCUCCUUUCUUCCGCCAUCCUCUCUUUAUCUUCUCACCUGUAUAUAUUCCAAACAAAUCCCAGCCUCAUUUUUUUCAUUUGUGACCGUCAAUAUCAAGGCACAAGGCUCGCCCUUCGCCUGCUUCCCAGCCCGUCAAACUUCAUCAGCAAUUCAGGAUACGAAGUACUCCGUGCAGGUUCUCGUUUACGCAACUCUUCCAUGUCUGGCGAUUUCUUCAUCGACAGCCCGGUCCCGCCGAAGCUGGACCUGACCGGUGCCAGAUCUCGCUUCUACCACUCGCCGCAGCCAGCGUCAGCGACCUCCUCGCUGUCGUUGUGUCGCACUCUCUCGACGCCGCUCAUGAGCAGCUGCAAGCGUGCUCGCUAUGGCUAUGGCGGACUCGAUGACCGGGCUAUCUGGGACCGCCAGUCUCCCGUCUCGCGGAUCUCGAGUCCUGUGCCACUGGCAAACACCGAAUACCUACUGGCAGAGGGAGGUCUGGAUACAGGGCUGUUGACGACGGCAGGGCAGCCGAUACUGGGAUUCUCGUCACAGCGUGAUGGUGACAACGAGGAGUCAGAGCUUGACUACCGGCCCACGAGGUAUCGAAAGACCAGUCGGACAAUGGGGGACGUACCAGUUACACCCUCAAAUAUUGAAGGAACAAAACGGAAACGGGACUCCCCGGUUCCCCAGGGCGAUGACACCGGCGUGAAAAGUUCUCCAGGCUGGGGUGAGGCAGUCCUCAACCUCGUUGGAGGCGUUGCUGGGAAAGUGUGGAAUUUCUGCGUGUCAGCUCCCUUCCGAGGGUUUCACGCCGGCGGAGGCAUAGGGUACGAUAUGGACGGUUCCACAGCAACGGUACCACCAAGCAAGAAAAGGGAGAGGCCCUCUCUGUCACAACGGAGACGCUCAAGCCGUUUGAUGGACGAUAUACCAGUGCCUGGCCGUUAUCCGGUAGACGAGCACUAUCACAUCGACAAGCCGCGCCGGGAAGAUAUACACAACAACUGGGUUCUCGUUAAGGAAGACGAGGAUUCUCGGGAGAGCAGCCCAUCUUGCAGCUCCAAGAAGCAUGCUCGCCGGAACAGCGUUGCCCGCCAUGUCCCUGCACGCCGCUCCGGUGCCAGAGUACAGUCCAAGCGGCCCAUGACACCUCUUACACCAACACGUUCCACCAACCUCUCUCCGCAUAUCUACUCUCCUUCAUCUGCAUCAUCGGUCUACAAGACGCCACCAAAGCACACUACGGUGUCAAACCCCAACGAAACCCCGUUGUCACGAGAGACUCAGAGACAUGCCGCCAAACUGAGGCGCAAGGAACGUGAAGAAGAUGCCAGCAUACGCAGGCUGAACCACCAGCUGAAGGCCAUGAUCAGAGAAGGGAGACAGGCCCUGGGAACUCGGAUUGAGGUUGACGAAAUGGACAUUGAUGAAUGGGAUUGA